AGUGUAUUCGGAGACGUGAUACAGUUCAAUUCACUUCCUCACCUGUUUUGAUGAUAACCACCAAAAGAUUCUCUGUGAAAAUUCUGUGGAUUCUCAAUAAGAGUGAAGUGAAUUUUAUGAAUCAAAAAUAGUUCUAUAAAUGGAUUUUAUCUUCUAACAAAUUCUCAGUGUUGAUAGAAAAGCAUUUGCGUGUGUGAUCAAGAAGAGUUAACAAGUGUGAUACUCCAAUUAAAGUGGAAAAAUAUCAAUUAAACUGAUUGAUUAAGACGAUGGAUGAAUUAUUUGUGUGAAUUCUUUUCUGAAAAUAUCAUGCACAAUUUUCCUUUUUGUGAAGUAGUUCAUAAAAUAACUUUCAAUCAAUAAUACGUUAAAGAAAGGACAAUGGUGGCAAGAAAUUUUUCAAUUCAGGAUCUCCCAUAUUCGGGACUCCUUCAAGUGCCAGAUGAGGAGCGGGAAUUCCUGACACUUGAAGAACUCAAGCCCCAUCAAUUGACUGAAUUGGGUGUUUCAAAUGCAUCCCAAGGGAAUUCCUUAUCACCUGUAAAUUCAAAUCACAUCAUGCAGCAUCAACCAUCUCAAUUUGGCCAACAAAUCUACUUUGAUUUGAACACCCAGCAAACUACAACGACAAAUGGAAAUUGUGUCUUUAUGAGUGGAAGUGAACUCUCAAUGCCAAGUCAUAGUCAGCUCGAUCCGAAUUCCAUGAGUACAACAGACACAACCAAUAGUCAAUCCCAAAAUUCAUCAUCGAAUCACAAUGUGUCCAGAGGACAUCAGAGAAAAAGAAAAUGCUCAUACACUGAAAAUAGUGACUUGGAAGAAGAUACAGGAGAUGAUGCUAAGUCUGUGAGAACCGAAGACAAUAAAAAACAAAAUCACAGUGAGAUUGAGAAAAGACGACGUGACAAGAUGAACACUUAUAUUCAAGAAUUAUCCUCAAUGGUACCAAUUUGCCAUGCAAUGUCCCGAAAAUUGGAUAAGCUCACUGUCCUGAGGAUGGCUGUGCAGCACCUUAAAACAAUCCGUGGUGCUGUUCAUUCUUACACUGAAGGUCACUACAAGCCUGCAUUUUUAUCCGACGAGGAACUCAAAAUGCUAAUCCUUCAGGCUGCUGAAGGAUUCCUUUUUGUUGUUGGUUGCGAUCGUGGAAGGAUUCUCUAUGUAUCGGAGUCAGUAUCGCAAGUUCUCAAUUACUCUCAAGGAGAUCUCUUAGGACAGAGUUGGUUUGAUAUUCUGCAUCCCAAAGACGUGGCUAAGGUCAAGGAGCAACUGUCAUCGUCUGAUUUAAGUCCUCGAGAGCGAUUGAUUGAUGCCAAAACGAUGCUUCCUGUUAAAACAGAUGUCCCUCAGGGUCUAUCGAGGCUCUGUCCAGGAGCUCGAAGAUCAUUUUUCUGUCGCAUGAAAUGCAAGUUAUCUGUUCAGGUGAAGGAGGAAAUGGACACAUCUACCAAUUGUCACAGGCGCAAGAAACAAAUCAGCAAUGACAAGAAAUACUCAGUGAUUCAGUGUACAGGCUACCUCAAAUCCUGGGCACCAGCCAAAAUAGGUCUUGAAGAACAGGAGACUGACGGUGAUGAAUCUUGCAAUCUCAGCUGUCUCGUUGCCAUUGGAAGAGUCCCACCAAAUAUCUUUGUACCUAAUGUAACACCUCCCAUCAACAACAAUCUCAAUCUGAGAACCAUUCAGUUCAUCUCUCGGCACGCAAUGGACGGGAAGUUCCUCUUUGUUGAUCAAAGAGCCACAAUCAUCUUAGGGUUUCUGCCUCAGGAACUCCUUGGCACAAGUAUGUAUGAAUAUUAUCACCAUGAUGACAUUCCAUCUCUGGCUGAAUCUCACAAAUCAGCCCUGCAGAUCUCCGAUAAGAUCACAACACCAAUCUAUCGACUUCGCACAAAAGACGGUGGCUUUGUGCGUUUGCAGAGCGAAUGGAAAUCAUUCCGGAAUCCAUGGACGAAAGAUGUUGAAUAUUUAAUAGCCAAGAAUUCUGUCAUACUAUCUGACACCAAAAUCGACGACAAUACUUCAUGCAGUGGGAAUUCAAUGGGAAAUGGGACAAUCUAUCGAACUGGGAAUGGAGCUAGCGAGGGCAAUGCCCCAGGGAAUUUUGACUUUUUCAAUCAGACCAAUGGCAGAGAAAUGCAUCGGAUGAUUAAUACACAUGUUGAGGCCAGCAAAAUAGGACGUCAGAUAGCUGAACAGGUCCUUGAUCAUCAAAGACGAGUUGGUGAAUCUUCUUCUGAGAGUAGCCCAGAUCCAGAGACCACAGACACGAAUCCCCAUCAACAUAUUGCUGUAUCCGAGAGCAGUAUCUCUGGGAGUGAAAUGAGCUUAGAUCGUCGGAUUGCUCCACAAAAUACACAGAGAUUGAACGGCACCCUGCCUGGGUACUCUCAAGUACGCAACAAUACCAUAAAUCCCAAUCAUUCCAACACCGAAGUGAUGCAGAUGAUGACAACGUCCAGUAUAGCAGGAGAGGCUCCCAAUCAAGGUGGUUCAACGGAUGGCAAUGAUGAAGCAGCAAUGGCAGUCAUUAUGAGUCUACUGGAAGCUGAUGCUGGUCUCGGUGGUCCUGUUGACUUCACUGGACUUCCCUGGCCACUUCCAUGAGAUUAAAUUACAUUCCUCCCCCAAAAAAAUUGUCAAAAUAACACAAAUUAAUUUAUAG